AUGGUAGCGAGGAAUGAUGAGGGUCAAUGCAUUUGGUGGAGAGUGAUUAAGUUACCCGGCAACUUACAUCCUGCAGAAUGUGAAGCGACGGCAGCGCUCAAGGCGCUACUCUUGGCGCGAGAAAAAGGGUGGACAAAUGUGGUGGUUGAGGGUGACAAUCUCCAAGUUAUCACAGCUUUGCAACAUGGCGAAAGCGAUUUGUCGUCCUUUGGUUUAUUGAUAGAUGAGUGUUUGCGCCUUUCUCUAGAUAUAGAAGAUUGUUCUUUUAAUUUCGUCAAGCGUACGGGGAAUUUGUUAGCCCACGAUAUUGCUCACUUUGAUUGCAACUUUCUAUCGGAGCGAUUAGUUUUACCCUCGAUCUUGGCUGGUUAG